CUCUGGAGGUUAGUCAUGGCUGCGGCGGCAGCCGGACUGGCCAGUAUCUGGCGGCUGAGCCACCGCCUUCGUCCUCUGCAAGUCAUUAGCUUCCCAGUACUUCAGCUGCACAUGAGCAGAAUAGCAAUGGGCGGCAGUCAGAAGGACUUUGAGAUGGCAGUGAAUCAGGUGAAACGCUUGAAGAACGAACCAGGAAAUGAAGUGAAGCUAAAGCUCUACGCACUGUAUAAGCAGGCGACUGAAGGACCUUGUAACAUGCCCAAACCAGGAAUGUUUGAUUUUAUCAAUAAGGCCAAAUGGGACUCGUGGAAUGCUCUUGGCAAUCUCUCCAAGGAAACCGCCAGGCAGAACUAUGUGGAGUUGGUGUCCAAUUUAAGUGCAUCCGAACCCUCCAGUCCAGGGAAACCUGGUGCCGGCAGGAAGCAGGCUGGAUAUGACACCCUUGUGGUAACCUCCGAAGACGGCAUCACAAAAAUAAUGUUUAACCGCCCCACCAAAAAAAACGCACUCAAUCACCAGAUGUAUCAAGAGCUCAUGGCUGCACUUGAAGCAGCAGGCAAAGAUGACUCAGCCAUAACCGUGAUAACAGGAAAUGGUGACUAUUACAGUAGUGGUAAUGAUCUGAACAACUUCACUGAUAGUCUCCAGGAUGAUAUAGAGAAAAGCGCCCAAAAUGCUGCCAUUUUACUGAGGAAUUUUGUAGGCUGUUUUAUAGAUUUCCCUAAGCCUCUAAUUGCGAUGGUUAAUGGCCCAGCUGUGGGGAUCCCUGUCACCCUUCUUGGGCUAUUUGAUAUCAUUUAUGCUUCUGACAGGGCAACGUUUCAUACGCCUUUUAGUCAUUUGGGUCAAAGUCCAGAAGGAUGCUCCUCUUACAUGUUCCCGAAGAUAAUGGGCUCAGCCAAGGCAGCUGAGAUGCUCAUUUUUGGAAAGAAGAUAACAGCAAAGGAAGCUUGUGCUCAAGGACUUGUUACUGAAGUGUUUCCUGAUAGCACUUUUCAGAAAGAAGUUUGGACCAGGCUCAAAGUAUAUGCAAAGCUUCCACCAAAUGCCAUGAGAAUUUCAAAGCAGCUUAUACGAAAUAUGGAGAAAGAAAAGCUACAUGCUAUUAAUUCUGAAGAAUGCCGUGUCCUCCAAAGCAGAUGGCAGUCGGAAGAAUGUGCAAAUGCAGUCAUGAACUUCUUAUCUAGAAAAGCAAAACUGUGAUAACUGUUACAACCAAGUCAUGUACAUCAAGGGAAGGGGUGUGAUAUUCUGAUUUCUCAUAUUUUGAACUAAAUAAACUUCCAUGAUGCCUUU